AUGCCUCAGUUCACCCUCUAUGCCAAUCCAAUUGCUACGGCGCCAGACCGGAUCCUGCUCGCCCUCGCAGACGCUGGCUUCACUGACUUUGAAUAUGUCAACGUCGACAUGUCCGCCAAAGAGCACAAGACUGCUGAAUACCUUGCCCGCAACCCCUUUGGCAAGGUCCCAACUCUCGUAACCAGUGACGGUGUCACGAUGUACGAAUCCCGCGCCAUUGCCCGCUUCCUUUGCACAAAGCUCAACCUUCCUCUUCUCCCUAACCCUGCUACCGCUACCGCCGCCUCACUCGCCCUCUUCGAACAGGAGCUUUCUUGCGAAAUCUCUUACUUCGAAACCCCCGUCUCCGGCAUCAUCUGGGAAACCUUUAUUAAGCGUGUGAUCGGCAUGGAGACCGACAACGCUGCGGCUGCUGAGCACAAGAAGAAGCUGGAAGAAUACUUCGAUAUCGUGGAGGCUAAGUUCAAGACUUCUGGUAAGAAGUUCAUGGCUGGUGAGGAGUAUUCGCUUGUAGAUGUCUAUUAUCUUCCCUUCUUGGCUCGUCUGUUUGACCGUGGUUUUGGAGAUGUGGUUACCUCUCGACCUCAGAUCAAGGCUUGGUGGGACCGUUGCAUGGAGAGACCAAAGACCAAGGCCUGGAUCGAUCAGUCACCAAAGUUGGACGCCAUCCUGGCCUCCAGAAAGUAA